AUGGCACCUGAGCGCUCUCAAACUCGUCUACGCUCUACUUGGAGAGCAUCAGCGCCGACUCGCAACGCAGCUUUCUCGAGGCAUUCAAAAGCCUCGUCGUCCGACGAUCUCCCAGUGGCAUCAAGCUCAAAACACUCUGACUCUCCUCCGGAUACAAAGGCUCAGCGCCGUACAAGACCUGAUCCACCAAAGCCAUACGAGCACAAACGGGAUGUCCGCCCGCCACCUCUGAAUCUGAGCGACCUGGAGUGUGUAUGCCGGAUAGGUACCGGAGGGAAUGGACAGGUCUUACUCGUUCGUGUUACCUAUGACGUUAAAUACGGCAGAAAGCAGAAAACGUCGACUCUACCUUUACAACUGGCGAUGAAAGUAACUGGAAAGAGAUCGUAUCGUUAUCGCGAACGUAACUUGAACUUCAAGAAAACAACCGAGUACAAUCAGUACUUGCUGCAAGAGCGAAGUGUCGAACGCCGAUGGCUUACAGAGCUCCCAUGGAACCCAUUCAUCUGUGGCCUCAUCGAUACUUUCGAUGACAAAGUUAACUUUUACCACCUUCUAGAGCUUUCUCCGUGCCUUUCAUUCCACUCGUACCUCAAAAAGAGUGGUGUGCUCUCGACCGAAGAUGCGCGUUUCUACUUCUCCAACAUUGUCCUCGCGCUCGAAUUUCUACAUUCGCAUGACAUUGUUCAUCGUGAUAUAAAACCGGGCAAUAUGUUGAUGGGUGCCGACGGGUACCUCUGCCUCGCAGACUUUGGCUCCGCUGCCCACAUUUCGCACCCACACGAUUGGACAAGAGCUGGGACAACAGUAUAUACAGCGCCAGAAAUCAAUCUCGCAGUUUACACAGCUCCCGAAGCGUUUCCGUUCGUCGACUGGUGGGCUGCUGCAGUUAGUCUGUUUGAGAUGGUGACAGGCAAUCUACCCUUUGCCGGUAACGAGGACCACGAACUCCUUGACCCGAUUCUCAACCAUGAUAUCUCAUGGCCUGAGGACAUCGACGUAGAUCCCGACUUGAAGGAUCUAGUGACAAGAAUGCUCAUUCCUGUGCCUUUUGAACGGUACGGUGGGUUGGUGGUUAAAGACGAUCCUUCCACCGUCGGGAAGAAUGAUGAGGUGCGCAUUCACCCUUUCAUGCAUGGAAAGGUGAAGUGGAAGCGGAUUCAAGAUCGGAGGGAUCUUGCUCCUUAUGUUCCACACCCGUGCCCCGAUCUUUCCGAAGGGUUCUAUACAGCAGGCGUGCCAAACCAGCGCGAAAUACCCGGCCUCCCUGUGGCUUCCACCUCCGUUGAGCAGCAAUGGGACGAUCGAUUUGAACGAUUAUGUUAUGAUGGGCCGCCGAACGUGGCCACGGAGUAA